AUGCCAAACAUUCCUCCGAUUACGUUUCCUGGUCCAUUUGAUCUCAACCAAUGGCACGACCUCCCCAAGGUCCUGCCGUACUAUGAGGUCCUAGAGAGAAUCAAGACGGCUCUAUUGGCAGUAUUUCCUGAUUGCAACGUCUUGAUCGUCCGGACCGGCCGAGAUGACGACCCCGAGUUCCUUCGCGCCGACGGUCUGCAGCGAUCCCAUAUCGAGAUUUUCCGCCACAGCAUCAAAGCGAGUGCCACGUACGGAUACAACCUCUAUGUCUUCAAGGAGGGGACCGUGUACUAUCCCGGAGACAAGGGCGCAGAUUCGUUCAACUGCACCGAUAAACGCGACGAAGCUGAGAGUAUCUUCACUUUCACACGCCGAGGGGGUGCAAUAUCUGCCUUUCCUAACUUCUGCGAGGCAUUGUACAAGCGUCUGGACCCCGCAGUGGCAGUUACGGCAGCUAAGCGCGACCUCCUCAGGGAUCACCCCUCUGCGCACGUCUUGAUCGUUCCGGCUGAGAAGAAUGUUCGCAGUCUGAGCAUCCAGGAUCCAGCGAACUCCGCUGUCAUCCUGAACCAACUCGUUCAGGUCGUUCCCUUGUCCAAAUUCAAGGCGAAAAAAGGAGAGUACGCUUACUGGGUCUUCCUGGAAGGAAGCUUCUACUGCGAUGCGAUGUCAUCUGGUCACGCUCAAGCAUUCACUGCUAAUACGAAGUACGGCGAGAAUUACUACACAUUCUUCCGCUAUGAUGGGAAUCCCCACACGCUGAUCUCGUUCAACGCAGAGAAAUACAUGAAAUUGAAAAUCCCAGACGCGCUCAAAAAGGCGAAGGAGGAUCUCUUGCAUGAUUAUCCCCUCGAUUGCAUCCUCAUCUGCCACAAUCCGCGCAACACCCCUCUUCCGAAUCUGCCGCAGAACGAUAUCGUCUUCAAAAACCAUAUGGAAGUUCAUGACGGCAUGUUUGGCAGUAGCACCGGAUUCGAGGUGUUCGUUGCGCGUCAUACUUCCCCUCCAAAUAACAUCGUGUUCGAGCUUCUUGAUGACAGUUUGAAGUAUGACAAAGAGAUAUAUACCUUCGGUGGUGACUAUGACUUGUCAGGCAAGAUUCUGACAUUCAGGCCAAAGCUCGAUGUCAGCAUCGACGCUUCGCGGUGGAUGAGUUACCUGAGCGGGAAUGAGCUACUCUCGGAAUUGACGAUUCCGGGAACACACGACAGCUACGCCCGUGAAGAGACGGUACCUCCGUAUGGUGAACUCGCCCGCCUUGUCGUGGUGGCGAUGGCUGCAUGCCAGACCGACUCCAUUACGGCGCAGCUUGAGAACGGCAUCCGCUUCCUCGACCUGCGUUGCUCCUUUAGGAGCGAUGGCUCUAUCGGGAUGCGGCACGGUGCGAUUCCGCUGAUAGGAUCGCUCGAGGGGGUGGUGCAGGACAUCGCGUCGUUCCUUGGGAGCCAUGACCAGGAAGCCGUCGUCGUGUCGAUCAAGUGGGACGACGGCGCUGAACCCGCGAAUUUUGGCGGCGCUAUCUCCGACCUCAUCACGGUGCACAAAGUUGGGCAGUGGUACACACAGAAUGCGGUGCCCCGGCUGCAGGCCUGCCGGGGGAAGAUGGUGCUUCUGCGCAGGUACAAGGGUACCAUCGGCCUCGAUGUGGAGCAGUGGCCGCACAACGCGAAGGGUAACCCCAUCCCGACGAACCCGAACAUCGUGGUGCAGGACUUCUACGACAAGCCUACCUAUCAGGACAAGUGGGAUGCCAUAAAGCAGUUCUUCACAGUCGCGCAGGCUCUUCCCGUCUCACCGCACCUGUAUCUCAACUUCAUGACUGCGGUCGGCGCGAUUCCCCGGCCGAUCGAAUAUGCAUCCCAGAUGAAUUCAGAGCUGCACAAUUAUCUCAUCCCCUUCGAGAGCACCAAGUUAAGCAGUCCGGUCAGGUUGGGCGUGGUGGUCUUCGACUGCCCAGACUCCUUCGAUUUCGGCAGCACGCAUUCUCUCGUUUACAGGUUGCUUCUCCUCAACUUCCCUAAUGCUAAGCGCACGCCUUGA